UGUCUCUUUAUUAUUAUUCUUAACUUCUUCUUCCGCGGACAUUAAUGCGGCUCGCUGCGAGCCCACCCACAAAAGUGGUAUCAAAACGUGCGGCUCGUUCCCGGGAACUGCCGCACGUUUUGCGGCAGUUCCCGGAAAACGUGCGGCAAAAAAAAGGCUAAUGCUAAUGAACUAAGCAUUAGCUAAGGCUAAUUAACAACCAGCAUAUCUUUACCUUCCGUCACGGAAGAAGAUCGUGCCUUUUUAGAUGCUGCUAUCACUCCGGAGGAAGUUUGGGCUCCAAUUAAAUCUAUGCCAAACAGAAAAUGUCCUGGACCCGAUGGAUUUCCAUUGGAAUGUUUUAAGCUAUUUUGGCCAGAGAUUCAACCAAUGUUCAUGCCUGCUGUUAAUGACAUUUUGAGAAAUGGCAUCCCCCCCUCAUGGAGACAUGCCUCCAUCAGUCUUCUUCUAAAAGAAGAUGCUGAAGAAGAUGGAACAAGCCAAGAAGAAGGCCGAGGCUGUCGUCAACACUGCCGACAUUUCUGAAAGAGAGAAGAUGGCUCAGCUGAAGAGGCGUGUUCAGAUGGACGACGAGUGGCUAGACAUACAUGACAUGCUCAACUAUGAUAUAGUUGCCAAAAGAAUGCGACAGACGACAGAGACUGAGCCACACUGGAGAUCCAGUAGUCAACAUGUGGAGGAUCUGCAGAGACAGAUCGGGAUGCUUGUUUUGAUUCUGUUAGCCAUCAUCUGCAUCAAGAAGUCUUCUGGUGCUCUAAUCUUUUGGCCCUUGAAAUUCAUCUGGGUGCUGAUCUUUUACUUCGUUGUCAGUAUUCUUUGGAGUUGGUUAUGUGUGUACCAGGUUGCCUUCUUUGAGCAUCAAAACAUCAUCAGAAAAACCGUAAACCUCAAUGAAGAAUGUAAAGGAAUACAAGAAAUGGAUUGGACCGAUGGUUUGAAAGAGGGGUUCAGAACCAGCAGGCCUCUCCAUGACGACCCCUGUAAAGAUUACUAUGCAUUUUUUUGAACCAGUCCUCUCCUUCUUGUAUGUCCAACCAAGGUAGUAUCAUUUACCUUCAGGAUUUUAAUGAAAGACCCACUAAGACACUUUGGGGAGGGGAUAAGUGAGCUUCAUCGAGCAGUCCUAAAACAUCUGCCAGUUUCCCUUCAGUUUCCAGUCUUCAUGAUCAUCAUGCUCAUCAUUUUGUGGUUCAUGAAUGAAAGUGUAGAGCCUGGCUCGCAACACUGCACCAAGACACCAACGAAUAAGCUGGAAGACCCUCCUUCAGGAGUGAAGGAUGGUGAUCGGAUGUCUGCAUCUGACCAGGAUUGUGACCAAGCUGUUGAUAAAAGUCUUGUCGAUAACGUGGGAAGUAGCAUCACUGCAGAGACAUUGGGCUUUGUCGAACCUCAACUUAGAAAAAAUGCAAACAAAGAAAAUGUUGAGGCGACUGAGAGUCCCUCUGUUAGUUCAAGGUUCACAAACCAGCAGAAGACACCUGAGAAGCCUGCUGCCAACACUGAUGAACCAGACAGCUUAUGCCCAGUCAACUUGAAUCCUUCACAGCCUCAUCUGGAGGACAAUGAAGACUUCAAGGAAGACGACGCGUCCUCCAUGUCUCUAAGAAACUUUUUUAAGCUACCGACUUCUGUUCAAGAGACAAGUCCAAAGUUAGUGGAUUAGACUUCAAAGCAAAGUUUGAUCUCCAUUUAACAGCUUGACUCGUAUUUUAAUAGUAGAAUUGUCUUGCGAACAGCAAAGACGAUUCUCUGAUAAGCUGAAUUUAGGUGCAACAAGACACUUUGCUCUUUUAUCAGGAAUGUUUUAUUUUUCUCUAGAUACAAAGGGAAAUGUUCCCCUGUGAUUAGUACUAGUUGUAUUACUUUUGCAAGAAAAUACUUUUGAAGAAACACGUGAGCAAUAAACAAAAAAAUUCUAAAUAAGACAAAAUAAAUUAUUCUUUUAGUAUUUUUAUUUUUAAGAAAAAAUUAUGUUUUUUUUUUGUUAUGAACACUUGGUAGGCAUUUAUUGUAAUUGCACAGCUCAUACAUUCAGAAACAUGUACAUGGUAGACAUUUAGCACUAUAAGGAGAGCUUGAAAGUUACAAAUGUUAUUUUAUAAAGAUUUAAAAAAUACUUUUUGCUGAGGAUGUUAAUCAGUGAUUCAGCUCCAUUUUACAUUUUAGUGUUUGUUGUUCACUGGUUCUCUGUGAUUUAAGAAGUGGACAUUUAUACAAUGAGAUGAAAAUAUUUUUCUGUGAAAAAUUACUUUGAAUGUGUAUUUUUGUCCGUAUUAAAACAACCAGAAUUACCUGGUUACCUGGAAAUUUGCCUGUUCAUCAUCAGGGCAAAUUUCAGAAAUUGGUGAGGCUUUUCAGCUAUGGUUGACAGACGUUUUAUUACAGUGUAUCCAGAGUCUUGGUUUUCUUCUGCUGAAAUAGACCUAAAAUGUGAAAUUCUGCAUUAUUGUUAUUUUAGCUCAUGUAAUACUAAAGUGCAGUUUUGAGAGUUUUGUUAAAUAACUGGAGUUAUUGUGGUAGUAAAGCUUAAGUUGUGCUUCUACCUCAGCAAAGCGUUCCCAUGUAUAGAAAUUGUGUAAAAUAAAGCACUGAAUUUAAUAA